AUGGUCAAUUACAGGAAUUGGAUAGGUGAAGUCUCAGACGAGACCAAGAUUUCGACACUUUCGAUUCCCGGCACUCAUAACUCGGCAGCGUGUCACACGGCUCUCCCCUCGGUGCAAUGUCAAGGCGCCAGCGUCACGGAGCAGUUGGAGCACGGGGUCCGGUUUCUUGACAUUCGAGUCGGGAGAUUAUUGCUCGGCAACAACAAGGAUGACUUGCAAGUGAUCCACGGCAAGUUCCCCGUCAAGAUCCCGUUUCCGUUGAAAUUGACCAAUGUCUUGGAGGAGAUAUACCGGUUUGUUGAGGCCAACAACCGCGAAAGUGUCAUUGUGUCGAUUAAGCAGGAAGGGUCCAAUGAUUGGGACAACAGGAAUGACGAGUUUGGGAAGUUGAUUUGGAGAGAUUACAUUCUGCCCAAUAAGGACAGGUGGUACUUGAACCCCGAGAUUCCGCGCGUGGGGGAUGCCCGAGGCAAGAUCAUCUUGUUUAGGAGAUUUGGAGUCCAAGACGAGCAAUUGAGACGCGAGUUUGGGUUUGACGCGCCCGUUUGGAGCUAUAACACCACCGACGAUGACCGUGGAUCUUUCCGCGUGCAGGACUUCUGUGAAGUGGAAACCGGGCAGGACUUGCCCAAGAAGAUUCAAUACGUUAAGGAUAUGGCUCAAACCGCCCAGAGUUACACCAGAGACCACGACGAUAAGCUAUUUGUCAACUUCACCACUGCCUCGAACUUUUUCGACAAGGACUGCUGGCCUCAUGCCAUUGCCAAGUCGAUGAUUGAAGGCAACAUCCACGAGAGUUUCCAAAAGGGGGUUGGUAUCAUCGUAUUGGACUAUGCCGAAGUCGAGGACUGGAUUUUGGUCAAGGAGUUGGUCAACUCGAACUUUUAA